ACCAAAAAUGUUCAAAAAAAGAAAACCUUUGAACAAAACAGUCUGAGUGAGUGUGACUAUAUGUGGCGGUUCAACUCGAAACCCCCCAAAUAACCCACCCUACCCUACCCUACCUACGGCAGCGCUUCUUCUAUUCUCCUCCGUAUAAUCACCACCGGAUUCUUCUGCUAGCUUUAGUAAUUUACAAGUCCUUUUUGCUGCAUAAAAAAAUCAUUAUAAUGGAUUUGAGAAAAAAGUGUAUAGUAUGUGACAAAGGUGGAAACCAUCUCUUGGUUUGUAAAGCUGAUGAUGAUGAUGGCUGUUGCCCUAUAUCCGUACAUCAAACUUGCAUCGGUUGUAAGGCUCGUUUCGACGAUGCCGGCAACUUUCACUGUCCGUAUUGUCGUUAUAAGAAAUCCGUAUCAGAGUUUCGUAAAAUAAAGGAAAUGGUUUUGUUGACAAAGCAAGCGUUGUCGAAUUUUUUGGAAGAGGAAAAAGAACCGAAAGAGGGUGAGUUGGUUGAUAAAAAAUUGAAAGGGGUUUCGUCUAGACAAAAAGUUGUGGGUGUGAAUAAAACUGUUUCCGGUUGUGAUGUUGAAAACCGUGGUGUCGGUUUAGAGAGACAUCGACAGUCUAAAACGACUCUACCGUGUGACACAUUUGUAUCUGUUGAUGAAGAACGAGCUGAUGUUAAUACUUGUCGGAUAAUGGUUCUUUUUAAACCCAAUUCACAUCCAGUUGAUGAAAGGGACGUGGUGAAAGCGGACCAACGUGGUGGUUCAGUGGUUAAUAAAAGGGUGAAAGUUGGCAAUGGAACGCGAAAAGCUAAUCAACAGAAUGCUACUUCUAUUGAAGAAGAAGAAGAAGAAGCAGUGCAGCUGAAAAGUGCAGAUCUUUUGCCACCCGUAAGAAAACAAGUUACUGGCAAAAAACGAAACAAUUCAGUAGCAUUCAAUGAUAAUGAAACAAGCAAAAGGAGAAAACAGUGCGUGAAUGAAAAUGCUGCAGAAAAUUUGAUAUCUUUACAAAAUGGGUCCCAAUUACAAUCAAACCCAAAUGGCAAGAUUGAUCCAAAUGGUGCAAGAAAGGAAUCACCAACAACAAAAGAUAUCAGCAUCAACAAUGCAGGAGAAUCUAAAGAUUCUUCCGUUGGCAGGAGUGUUGGACACCUAUUGCAACAUGGAAAACGUAGAAUACUAUGGAGUGAACAAGAAGAAGAUAUGCUUAAGGAAGGAGUUCAAAAAUUCACAUCAUCAAAAGGCAAAAACCUCCCCUGGAAGAAAAUAUUGGACUUUGGGCGUCAUGUAUUUGACCCAUGUCGCAACCCUUCUGAUCUAAAGGACAAAUGGAGGAAAAUUGCAAAACGCACAUAAGCCACAACCGGUAAUUUAGAUUAGUUGGUAUAGUUUGAACAUGAUUAGUUAGGAUUCACAUAUGGUAUAUUUUGGUUUUAGGGGACAAUCUGUAACAACAUUAAGUUAAAGGCUUUGUCUUCUCUGUUCUUUUCUCGGUUGAUAAAGUUGGUGAUUUGGUUUUUUUUUCUGUUUUGCUUUGGAUACUAUAUCAGCCAAACAUAUUUUUGUAAGGAUGGUUUUAUGCUACGAGUAAUUAAUUAGUUGUACGCA